GCCGGAGCUGAUCUCUCUGUUUGAUGGUGAUAAUUACGAAAAUUGCUUUAGGCUAGACGUCGCGUCACUUCAUUGUGUGAUUCAUAUUCUCCUUAGAGCAAGCCCUUGCAUGGCCAGGGAGAGAGGAUUCUAUCUUUUCCUGGUAAGUAAUCCACUGGAUAUUCACAUUGACAAGCAGAGGAGCAUAAUAGUAACACAUGUGAACAGGAGUCGAUGACAGAGCUCACAGCACUGACACAAAACCCAAUCCACCCCGGGAUCAUGGUCUCGGCACGCCAAAGAAAGUCGAUCCUGGGACGCAAAUCCUGCCGCAAUCUUUUUGGAACCUUCAUCAAAGAUCACCCAAUGGUUGCACGGCGAUGGGUAAAAAGAACCCGCCCUCUCUCCGAGGGCAUCUUUCCGUCUUUCAUAGCUGAUACUGAUGCUAACCAGAGCGGGCAAUACAUUCUUGAGCUGGUCAAACACUCCACCGACAAUACUAAGUUUGUGCUCUCGUUCGGAAGACAUCUAAGGUAAGAACCCACCCUGCACGUUGAUUCUGACCAUACUUCCUAACACUCUCCAUUCGCGUGUCCAGAAAUCUCGGGGCCAUGGUCCUGAUGAGCGAGAUUAGUUAUGACCUAAGGCUUAUUUCCGCAAUGAUAAUUCAGCAGCUCAUGCUGGCCGAUCCCGAUCCAUCUUCCUUUUGGCCACAGGACACUGAUCCCAUAUUCUUUUCGUGGCUUAUCCGUGGAGCCGCAAUCGACGCGGCGUGGAUGAAAAGCUUCAUCAAACUGUUAUCCAUCAUCGACAAGACAAACGUUGCCAGCAAUCCUCAAGCAACCAGCCACCUUUUCGGUGCGGCAAAAAUCAAGCCCGUUGCAUUACUGGAAACAUCCGACCUCAGCAUCAGUUCCGACGACCAUCCUCUCACAAUCGCGACCGAUUUGGAGACCAUCAGCUUUUUUAUUCUAAGCCAAGAUCGCCUCCAAAUCGUCGAUAUCCCAAGAAAUUUCAUUGAAGAUAUCAGCGUGGAAGUUGCGGACUCAUGCCUCCAUAUCGACAUGGUUGAAGGUACACACUAUGUCACAAGUGGAUUGCCCGUAACGACAGACGUGGUUUAUGUAACGUUCGAAAAGUCUCGCACCGCACUGGGGAUUCUCGAUGCCUUAGAUGGAGUCAUCGUCCCUCACGCCUCUCAAGAAAUGUCACCAGAACCAUCCGGUUCUAGCGUCGGUGGUAAUGCUAACACUCAAAACCAAGCCAAAGCCACGAAAGAUCAAGUACCCAAAUGCCAACGGCAAGCUAUAUCCGCCGCAAUCGAUGUCCCUGUGCCCGACGAGGGCAUUGGCGAGUCUCCUGCUCGGGCUCCAGCCAAGAUCAAAGAGGCAAAAGAUAGCACGGAGCGAAACCGGCACGCAGCAUCAUCGGCAGCAAUUGAGCUCGUUUCAUCAGAUAACAGCUCAACACAGUCGAAAAGUAGCACUCAAGCAACACCAAGAGCCAAUAGAGCAGAUAAAACCGAUACAACGAAGCAGACAACCAAUACUACAGAGAGCGGGUAUGGCUCUCUUAGUUCUGAGGCUGCCGCACAGAACGGGCGUGGUCAUCCCGCAAGAGACGCAAACCACAAGCCAGCUACAGCGUCCGUCGCCUCUCCAAGCGACAGCGACUGGAAUCAGAGCGAGCGUCGCGAUGCCCAGGUGCAGGUCGAGUGCGGCUCUGCGGAGGGGUGGGGGAGCGACUUACUCGAUUCGGCAAGGCGGGACCUUCAACGUCACCAGCAGCAGCUCGUCGGCUCGCAGUGCUGUGAAAGCCAUGCGAGCAGCAGCACGCAGCACCUACAGGCCGACAGCAUGCAGAAAGCCCCCAUCAACGUGCCGGCAGUGGCAGCCGCAGCGGGCCAACCGGUUGUGCCGAGUGGAACGGCUUCAGCUGGCAAUGGUUCUCGCUUGAAACGUCCCCACCACAAGAUCAACGGCUCAGUUGACAAACCUAUGACCACGGUGGACUGGGAUCAGGAUCUUCGUACCGAGAAUGACGAGGAGAGACCCAGCGCGAUAAAGAAGCAGAAGAUCACUUCACGUACGGCCAAGCCUACAAACCCACUACCAGCAACCCCCAGUUCAAAGAAUGACGUCCUGCCCACGCUGCCAUUAAGUCCAAAAGCCGCCGAGGUCAAUCUGGCUCCGCGAAAGCGUGCAAUAAAUCGAGAAAAGCGACAGGUCACCAAGACACUCGCAUCAGCCCGCCAAAAAAGAUCAGCAGCUAGUAAGGCAGCGGAAAAGCUGGCCCACGCAACAAAGAUGGAAAAUUUACCAUACGACUUGGAUGAUCCCAUUGAAUCAAGUGCUCCAGAGAGGACAAGAAUAGCUCCUAACACCGAUGCGAUGGAAAUAGAUAGAAUGGGCAUAAAUGACAAUCCCGAGAAAUCACACAAUCAGCCACCGACCUCACGUCAGCAGGAAGGAGAACUUAGACUUCCAGCUGACAGUAAUUCCAGCAAAGACAUAACGCUGGAACUCGCCAGUUCCCUUCCCGAAGGUCAUAUGCAGCCAAUGCCAUUCAGUGAAGAAAGCACACGCCCGCAUAAUCAAGUGCAGGUGCAGCCUACAUGGCCAGAAAACCCCAAUGAUGGGAGAGACAACUGUCGUACAUCGUCAACGCCGAGCAGAAAGCGCAAAUUCGUCGCGAGCGACGGUUCUCAAAUGUCACAUGAAGAUAGUAUCGAAGCCCAUAUGCCUGCAAAUAAGCGCCUGAAGGAAGAUUAUAGCAACGGCCAAGCCUCGGGUAAUAAGCUUGCGACAGCUAUAAAAACUGCUGGUGUUGAGGUGGACCACAAGCCGAACGAUAACGUGACCAUCCAAGGGAACAAUAAUAGCUGUGAGGCGGAGAGUAUUAAAAAGCGUCCGCAGAUAAACAAGACGCUAGAAUCCUCUCAGAUUUCUCGAAAUGUUUCCCUGUUCAUUGCAAAGCAGAAUGCAAAAGGACACAAUACUGAUACCACGGGAGAUAUUCAAAAUAUCCAGAACGAUGCUGAGGACCAGGACUGCAAUCGAGCAAGCCCAAUGAAGCCUCAGACGUUGGAGACAGAAGCACACAGAGAGCUUAAACAUGUUUGUAACACGAACAACCGUUUAUCAAAAGUGCAAAUGCAGAAUCAAAGCCAAGUGAGCGAUGCAGACAUAGAAAUAGCAACGUCCGCCCCGAAUGCGGAUUCAAUCGACGGCUCUUCGGGGGAAAGAAGUGGAAGUCUUAACGCAUCCGCCCAUGGUGAUUAUACCGCCUCGGGAGUUCAUAGCGUGAUUAUGAUCAGUAGUGACUGUGAAGAACUCCAGGGUAACAUGAUUGUAAACAGCACUUCUAUCAAUGACCUAUCCGAAGACACAGUCCCUGUCGGGCAUAGCAUGAAAGGGCCAUUGGAUUCUCAGAGCAAGACUGUCGACGAAAAUGGAAGUCCUCGCCCCCGGCAAAUUUUUAGAAGAUCCCGAGUCAAUGGUGUUCAGCUUGGAUGUGCACAACAAGAUCAAGAAAAACACAAAGAGAAACCCGGCGCGCCAUCACCAGGGAUUCGCGGUAAUGCCGCCGGAAAGGUAACGAGUGAUGUAGAGAGCGAGCGUUUAGAGGGCGGGUUUGAGGAAGACAGCACGCGUAUCGCAAGCCACAACAUUUCGAAUGAUUCUUCUUCUUCUCUGAACCAGCCAGAAUCAACCUUAAAUAAACGUGACGCCAUAUCUGGGGUACCGGAAACCACAAAUCGCAACCCAAAGCCAAAUACAAGAGCCAAAGGAAAACCGAAAGAGCCCUCGACUGUCAUAAAGAAAGUUAAAGGAGUUGUUAAUACAUCUCGAAAUGUAAACAAAGUCCGCAAAAGCACUAGGAUAUCGAAAGCACCCUCAUCGCGAGGUCGCAACAACAACCGACAUAUUCCAAGGGCUAGUAGCGAUGGUGUUGAUGCAUCAGGUAAUUCCCAGGCUGAAACUAAAACUGAGAACGUCGGUUCCUCCGAGGCUGUGUCCUCAAGUUGGACCACGACCUCGUCGGAGGGUAUCAGUGGCGAUGCUACGCAGGAAUGGCAAAAGGCGCUACGGGCAACACAAAAAGCCACGCUAGAUAUCUUGUUGGAUACAAGUAAUCGCCUGGUCCGACAUUUGAUGAAUGAAGAGGCGGCCAUUCUGAAUGUCGUCGACGUGUAUAAGAAAGGGGGUGACAGAAUACUUGAUCAGUUGGAAGAGAUGCACAAGAAGAGUUUAAAUACAUUUCUGGGAAAGUUGCGGCCAGUCAAAAAGGGCUUGAAUGACCUUCGUCAGGGUAUUUUGCGCCAAUUGGAAGAAAACGAACUGGUAUUGGGCGAUAUCGCCACGAAGAAAUUCUCCAGGAGAUGCGAGAAGAAUAGACAAGCGCUGCAGCGAAAGAUCGAGAAUACGGCGAACAAAGUGUGA